UAUGCCCAGAGUUCCAAUGAUAGACGCCCCGUAAGGAGGCCAGAGGGACAAGUCCCGAAGGAUCUCCUGAAGAUUGGCAACGACAUACUUGCUCGCAAGUUUGAAGAUCUGCCAACUUCGAACGGACGUCGGUGCAUCACCAACUUGAACGCUGCGGUCUAUGCAAUCGCUCGCGCGAUAGCAGCCACGGCUGACGAGUUGAGGCUAGAGCGGAUCACCGACGAUCCCAAACGUCGUCUUAAGGAACUCGAGGACCAAAGGCGUGGCAAGAUCAGCGCCAUUUCGGUGCUAACGAACGAGGUCCUCAGGCGUAAGGCCAUGCGGCAGCGAAAGGAAGGGGCCAUGCGAAGACCCAGCAAGAAGUUCCUCCAAUUAGCUGCCGUAUACAAGAUCAAACGUCGCGGAGAGUUGGGGCGUGUCCUGAGGCAACUCAAGGACCAACUCAAUGUGACGCAGCUCGAGAUUAGGAAGUUAGAGGAAGACAGGCGACGAAAGCUACUACGUCGUAAAGGUGCUUCCUACGUGGUUCAUGAGCGCUCCGAAGCUGUUCGUGAAUACUGGAAACCUAUCGUCGGUGAAGUGCACCCAUUCGAAGUAAGCCCUGAGCUUGAAGAAUGGUCGGAGAAGCUAGGAUCCCGUCACGAAAAUGCUCCUCUUAGGUCUAGUGAGCUGACCGAGGAAGCCUGGAGGACAUUGUUCUCCAAGGUGAAACCUUGGAAAGCCACUGGUCCUGACGGUAUUCAGGGAUUUUGGUGGAAACACCUACCUGAAGCGAGGUUGCAGCUGAAGAGGUGGUGUUUACGCGCCAUGCGGCAGCCUAGAGACUCAAUCCCGACUUGGCUUUGUCAGGGAAGGGUUGUUCUCAUACCAAAGAGGAAGGGGAACCCUAGUCCGCUGGAACCCGCCGACUUCCGCCCUAUAGCAUGUUUGAAUACAUGCUACAAGAUUUUGACUGGCAUGAUGGCUGUGCACAUCUCUGCCGCCGUAGGAGACCGGUUUCCCGGUAGUCAAGUUGCCCUACGGAAAGGAGUGUGGGGGUGCACGCAUGCCCAGAUUAUAGAUCAAACCGUUGUCAAGGAUGCGGAGAGAUCUAAGCAAGAACUGCACAUGCUGUGGGUUGACAUGACAAAGGCAUUCGAUUCCCUGCGACAUGGUGCCAUUAAGUGGGCUGUGAAGCAGCUGGGGCGUGCCAUC